AUGGGUAAUUAGAAUACAAUUGAUAAUGGUAUAAAAACCUACAUAAAAAAUGAGUUUGAUAGAGUUAAGAGUGAUAAUCAAAGACAACAUCUUAAAAUUUCUGAAGUCUUAAAGCUCUAACAUCAAGAAAAUUACCCAUUCACAUUUGCACAUUUAGGAACUCUCUUUGUUUUAGAUAGUAAACGCACAGGCUUAAUCACAAUUGAUUAAUUAGUUCUCUUUGCUUAAUAUUGUGGUAGGAAUCUUAAAAAUGUUUAAACUUAUGAAUUUCAAUCUCAACUUCAAGGAUUGUGUACUUCAAUUUUAUGGGAUGAAAUUUGCAAAAAUGGUAUUGAUCAUGUAAGUGAAUGGUUUGUCCGUCUAUUAACAACUAACGAUACUGUCAUUACUUAUUAAAAUCAUCAAUUUAUUAAACUAGAAACUGUUUAAAUACUAUAUGAAGUAACUUAUAAUAUUACUUAUUAGUUAUCUAAUACUAAAAUAAUGUCAAAUAUUGAUAUAUAGUAAUUUGUUGAUCUUUUACAAUAAGCAGGUGAAGAAGCUGGACUUAUGUCUUUGGAUUAAGAAGAAUUAGAUGAAUUUGUUCCAUUAGAGAUAUGUACUGAAUUCAUUAAGAAUUUUUUAAAUGGAUUUAAGACAUUAAUGCUUGAAAUAGGUUUCUCAAAUGGAAAAUGA